UAUCCUAUCACUAGCAUAUCAUUUUUGGAGAUACCAUGUGGUUAUGAAGCGGUGAAGUAAAUUUCUGAAUUUUCAAUAUUUUAUAUCAAAACAUGGAUACAGAGCCAAGAGAAAAUUCUGAUUUAUUGACUGACCAGAAUAAAACCGAGACAAAUGGCUUCGUUCGAGAGGAAGAACGAAGAGAACCUCCUGAUGGAGGUUUCAGAGCUUACGCGGUCAUGAUUGGGUCUUUUCUAACAAAUGGUCUACUAUUUGGCGUAAUUAAUUCAUAUAGCGUGAUAUAUACAGUGCUGGAAAAACAACUAAGGGAUAAAAAUAUUCCAAAUUCAGAAAGUAGUGCUUCUUUGGUGGGCGCGUUGACAAUGGGAACGACAUUUUUCCUUUCCCCUGUCUCGGGAGUGCUGACGGGACUUAUGGGAUUGCGUUUGACUGCGGUAUUAGGUGGAACUAUAGCUACCGCUGGUUUAAUUAUAUCUUCCUUCGUUGUGCAUAACGUAAAUGCGCUGUACUUCACCUACGGCAUUAUGUACGGUCUUGGAGCUUCUUUUGCUUAUACACCGUCCCUGGCUAUUCUCGGUCAUUAUUUCAAAAAACAUCUUGGAUUAGUAAAUGGUAUUGUUACUAUAGGCAGUUCCGCUUUCACGGUUUGUAUGCCGCCUCUCAUGGGAUAUAUGAUAAAAAAUCACGGUCUCGAUUGGAUGUUUCGACUUUUAGCCCUGUUUACGUCUGGUAUAGCUCUCUGCGGACUAUUAUUUAAACCUAUUCCAUUAACGGUAAUUCCAAAACCUUCUAGGGAAGGUGACGGCUUUAUGUCACUUUUUAAAAGUGUCAUUAAUAUUGAAAUAUGGAAAAACAAAAAGUACAGGCUUUGGGCACUCUCCAUGCCUGUUGCGCUUUUUGGAUACUUCGUUCCUUACGUUCACAUAAAAAAGUUUAUAGAAGACAAUUUUACAGACGUCAACAAUAAUAUAGCUUUACAAUGUAUCGCUAUAACUUCUGGUCUCGGUAGAUUGAUUUUUGGCUUCCUAGCUGAUAAGCCUGGCAUUGAUCGAAUUUUAUUACAGCAGAUUUCCUUUUACGUCAUCGGUACAUUAACAAUCAUUUUACCUUUUGUGCGAUCUUUCCCAUUGUUAGUAGCGAUAUCUCUAGGCAUGGGCGUGUUUGAUGGUGCGUUCAUAGCGUUAAUUGGUCCUAUAGCUUUCGAAUUAUGUGGUUCUGCGUACGCAGCACAAGCAAUAGGAUGUAUGCUGGGUAUGGCCGCCACCCCUCUGUCGGUCGGACCUCCAGUAGCAGGAUAUCUGUUUAGCAUCUACAAAUCUUAUACAUUAGCGUUUGUCCUCGCUGGCAUAUCUCCGUUAUUGGGUGCUAGUUUGAUGUUUGCAAUACGCCUGGUCAAUGGGGGUCGAAAUUCGGACAACACAACUGUAAAUGGCCAUGCUACGUCAAUGACUUCUGCAGCCGACGUCGAAAAAUCUUCACCGCCGCUGCUAUCAUCCAACGGAAAUUUAAAACAGCAAACAGCUUUAUAACAUUUUAUAAAUAUAAUAUGCCGCCGAAAGAACAAGAACGGCCUAUGUGCUAACUUGAUUUCGUGAGACUGUUACUGAUGGAUUUUUUGUUAUCAAAUCGAAUAUUAUUAUUAAAUGUAUGCAAAAUUUAAAAUUUUGCGUUAAGAUUUCAUUUCAUAGUAUUAGGUACUUUAAAAAAAUGUAGAUUACCUAUGCUUUAAAAGUUUCCAAAUGGUAAUAUAUUUACUGACUUGUAUGAAAUUUUCAUUAGGUCGUUCUUGGUCAAUGGUUACAAUUUUACAUAUUCUUUAUGACUGCCGCAAUAAUACUUUUUAGUCUAAGGUACAACUAUACAUGACGUGUGCUGUAUACACCUGCGACAUAUCUCUGUAUAUAUCUACCUCUACAAUAUUAUGUAUAAUUCUAAUUAUAGUGCAGGUUUUUAAUAUAUAAGAAUAGGCAUUUACCUAAUUGAAUGAAAUGUCAAUUGAAUGAAACUAUUGGUACUAUUUCUGCAUACGGAUGGAUAUUCGCUGUUGGAUGUAUUAGCAUUUUGUCUGCACAUAAUAAUUAUAUAUUGUUUUCGCCUUUUAGUUACCAAUGAAAGUUCCUAAUAUAACGAUUUAUGACAUGUCAUUAUUUUAAACGUUAUAAUUAUUAAUAAAAUUAGUUUUAAGUAUAUUCCUUAUUGGGAGUCAAAAUAUUUUUAUUUCAUUUGAAAUAAAGCUUUUACAAAUAUUUAUUUUAUUUAUGUAUUAACGUUUUUAAUAAUUCUAAUAGAAUUCUUUACCAAUAAUAUAAAUCUGUUUAUAAUUAAGUUUAUCAUAUAUUUUAAAUUGGAACGCUCUUUACUGUCGGAACAUAUUAUUUAAAUCAUAAAUGAUACUUGCGGUAAAACUGUCUUAAAAUUAUAUCUGUACAUAUAUCACUUGAUAUUUUUUAAACGAAGAUGUGGUAACUUACCGGCCUGUUCAUAACAAGAGAUAUCGCUAGUAUAAAAUCGGACUCGACAUCUCCGAACACCCAAACACCUCUUUAAACUUUUUCAUUUAUUAAUACAUGGCAUUAGUUUAAUAAGACUAUUCCGUGCACCAGUUAAUAUCGCAACACGUAUUACAAGAAUAAUAAUAUGAAUACCUAAAUAAUGGUGACCGUGAGUCAUACACUUCCUACUCGUGCCGAAUUAAUUUAAUAAUUCCUUAUAAAACAAUACAUCUAAGACAGUGUAUCUUAUAUACGUGUGAUUUAGAACUUUAUGUACUAAAUGAGCAAAAAAAAAAUAUAAUUAUUUUAUUUUUCCAGUUUAUGAUUGUUUAUUUUGCAUAAUGCACAAUUUACCUGUUGCUUACAUGCAUAACAUUGUCUCGACUCAAGGCAUUUAAUAUUGAAAAUACUUGGCAAUAGGUAAUGGAUUUGUAAAUAAGUACAGAUUUAAGACGGAAACCGCCUCCGACUUUCUAUGAUUAGUUCUAUAAAUAAUUGCAAACCAAGCAAUGGUAUGGGCCCCGGAAUACAGAUAAUAACUAUUACUGCAGUAGGAAAAUUAUACUUAGAAAAACCUUUUUUAUUGUUUACUUGGUCUACUUUUUCGAAUUUGAAUAAAGUACUAUCCUAUGAUUUUAUUAAGCUCACUGGGUAUAUGUAAGAAUAAUUUAUGAACACUUAAUGGUUAGUUUGCCUAGACUCUUAGUGUUUCUAUGUCGCCAUUCAGUGUAUGUCGCGCGUCAUGUGCUAUUUGAAUGCAUUAUUUCACUCCAUGUAAUCUAUAAAAUAUUUUGCUCUAAAACCCAUGCCGCCUGGUCGUACUAUUUCCGCGCGUGGGUAGAAAACUGCCGGUGUAAUCAAUGGGUCCUUCCGUUCCAUAGUUAUCCACGUACGGAUGUACGCGAAUGCCUUGCUUAACGCAAUUAUACACUACACACGAACAUGUUUGUAGGUUCACUUCUAAAAAUUCCCCGUGAAUAGUUUUAAAAUAAUGUUAAAAAAUAUAAUUAUAACGUACGUCCUACUGCGUUUAAAUCAAAUCGUCUUUGAAUUGAGUUAUGGAAAUUUUAAUUAGAGGCAAUAAUAUAAAUUUUCUUAGAAAUUUUCAGUGGAGGAAACUAGCCCAUAAGAAAAGAGCGCAUUAUAUAUUUUGACAAGCACACAUAUAUAAAAUAUUUAAAAAAAGAUUUACCGCCUGCGAACUAAAUGUUCAUGAUUCACUGCGCAAUUAAAGUAUUAGCUUUAAGGAUAACAUAAAACAUGAAAGGCUUCAAAAUUAUACAUAUAAUGAUAUAAAUAUUUUUUUACGAUUGUAGUUUUUAUUUACCUUUGAAAUCUAAUGGGCGUUACUAUUUAAUAAACUUAUGGUUUCGCUUAGGCCGAUUUUGCGCACGAGUUCAGAUAUUCGAACGGUACCUGCGUGGAUUUUCGUAUGAAAUACAUAAUAUGAUGCUAAGGUUUAGUUAUCUACAGUCUAAUACGAUAUGGCUACUUCCUUUUAUUAUUAAUUAUUUAUUUAUCAGAUAUUACGUAAAUCAAUUAUUAAGUUUGUACGUUUUAAAAUACGUCUAAAUUCUCAUAUUUAACACUCUGUUUUUUUUAGUUCUUGUUCUUUCCAUCAUUCAUAAAAUUAGCCACCAUGGGAGCUAUAAAUGUAAGAUAUGCCUCGAAUAAAUUAUUGUAUGUUAAAAUAUUAUUUUUGAUUAUUCUAUGCUAAUAUUAUGACUAAGAUAUUUUAAUAUUAUUUGGACCUGAAAAAGGUAUUAAGCCUUUUUUCUACCGUAGCUUUAAUAAACGAAAUCUGGAUUACAUUUUUUUUCGGUAGCGUAAAAAUUCGUGAAACUAGAUUACAAUAAAUUAUUUUUCAAAAGAUUCUUAUAUUUAUUUUUUAAAACUCAGACAAAAAAUAUUUUGACAUAUUGACUAAAGGCAACUUAUAUUUUUAUUAUAUCUUCGCAAUAUGUUCUUGACAAUUAUAUUUUAUAAAAAUUUGGCUAUAAAAGUCAAUAUUCUCAUCAAGAUCAAGACCACAUUCCUAAUAUUUUGGAUAAUAAAAAGAAAAAUAGUAAAUAUUGAGAUUAGGCGAUCUUAAUCUCAACAAUUAAUAGUUUCUAUUUUUUUUUUAUUUGAAUGAUUUCUAUGCCAUUAUUUUCGUCUUAGCUCACUAUGAACCUUAUGUAUUAUUUUUAUGAAUAACAUCAAAGAUCACGAAUUGCAAAUAUUUAUUUCUUAAUUAUUAGCUACGCUUUAUCAUAACAGAUCUGAGAAAAAAAUGUUACUUAUAUUAAUUUAAAAAAUUAUAACAUAAUGACUAUUACAAUGAUGAAAAAUAAUUUUUAAGUAUCCUGUGAUAUGAAAAUCUACAUAUAAAAUUUAUAUAAAGUUACAUAUAUAUUAUAUAGGUAGGUAGGUACCUAAUAAUUUUAAAACAUGAUAAGUAAUUAACCAAUAUAAUUUAUUUAAUGUUUAUUUUUUUAUAAGCCGAUCAUGCGUAAUAAAUAGGUAUAUGAAAAUGUGAAAGAGGCCAAUAUUUCAUUUCCGUUCAAAUAAAUCAAACACUAUAAAUAUAUAAAAAGAAAUAUAUAUUAACACGUUUAUCAUAUCUAAAUAUGAAAGAGUAAGUAAUCCUCAAAAUAUUUAUAAUAUUUGGACAAAUUAUCCUACGAAUAUUUGUGGGGUAUUGUCUCGAUAAUAUUUGUUUUUGAUCAUCGACAAGCAUUUUAUCGAGAUAAAAUAUUUCCAUUUGAUAAGAAUUAUGAUUUAACUUUUGCGAAUACCAUUAAUCUUUGUCCGAAUUCAAUGUCAGUUCAAAAAUAAUGAACUUGUUCAGAUUUCAAUGAGUCAAGCUAAUGUGCCUCCAACUUAGUGUUAGUUCAUGAGAUGCUUUACUUUUUUAUUAUGCAUACCUAUUAUGUUAAAAUUUUCUUUAUACUUUUACCAUGGCUAACUACAAUUCUCAAUGAGAAACUUUAUUUUUCUGAAGAAAAACCACAUUAAUGGUCAAUAACUUCUCAGUAUUGCGAAAUUUUCUGGUAAAAUUGAUCUAAUUAGCUAUCUUACCGUGUGUUGUAAAAUUCCAAUCAUAGCGAUCGUGAUGUGAACUCUUGUAGAUAAGUAUGUGAAUUUUUUAAGAAUUCCCGGUGUACUUGCAGGACUAUAGUUAAGUAUCUCUAUUUACUAUACUAACCUUGAUUACCACGUCUGUUAUUAUAAGGUUAAUAUUAUUUAAAAAUAAAACUUAAAUUUACUUAAUUUGCGAUUUAAUGCGUGGAGCAAUAUUGUAAAAAAAAAAUUGCAUAAUGUAGUCGCGAAGAUGUUAUUAUAAUCAUCUAUACAUAUUAUUACACUGAUAUAUACGCAUUCAAACAUUAAUUAAAGUCAAACACCGGAUUCUUGUUAUUGUCAAAAAUUUUAAUAUAGUAAUAUUUAUUACCUGUGUCUGGAAUCAAGAAUAUAGGUAAGCCUGAAAUCUUGUUCCCGGCUUUUGUUCCUUGUGUCUAAGUAUUUUUUACAUACUCUAUAUAAGUUUGCUAAAGAUUAGAUUAAUAUAAAAUUUGAAACAUUUAAUGUUAAAUUCUUAUUGCCAGACCUUAUGCAUGUUGGCAUAAUAAUUUUAAGUCUUUAAAUUUACAAUAUGUACCUACCUACUUAGGUAUUAUAAGUAUGAUACUUAUUGUAUUUCAUAAUCAUAACUCAAUUUAGAAACAUAGUCAGGGAUCCAUUCCGUCUACAGAUGUAUAAAUAUCUUAUUGUAAUUACGGGCGUUCUAAUCUAAAAAAAAAUCUUUAAUAGCUGUACGGUAAAAGACUCAAAAAACCGCAUUUACCUAUACGGUUAUCAAAGUUGCCCUUGGAUUAGAACUCCGGUAAUUGCUAGUAACCGAUUCGCCACCGUAUAUGGAAUAGAGCCCCCUGACUAAAUCGAAAUAUUGUCAUUAUUGAAAAACAAUUCAGAUUACAUAGCAAAAUUUACUUUAUCUGUAUGUGUAUGUACUUUUAAAUAUAGAGCGGAGCUAUAAAAUAAUAUACAAAUACCUAAAUGAUUUCAAGAAAUGUAAACCCUUACACGAUUACAAUUGAUUAUAUUUAGUGAUAUUUUAUUGGGGUCUACGUUGUAUAAGACAAACGUUAGUUGUGUAUUCCUGAUAAAAAAAAUCAAUCCUCAUUUUUUAAGUUAUGUUAAAUAUAAACCUCUUACCUAUAAACUUUUUAAUCUACCUUGUAAUAAAUCAACAUAUUUUUUGUCUCUUUAAAUCAUUGUUAAGAAGAAUAUGACAAAACUGUGAUUAAGUAGUUCAAAAACUUAUUAAAAUGUUUAUAAGUAGAAGGAUUGAUUAUUAUAAGUACAUAAUGUUAUUAGUUUAUUAAGUUAUAAGCAUUUAAAUAGGUACCUUUAUACUACUAAUAUAUAAAUGUACUCAGAUAUUUUAUUGUUAUAUAAAUAAAAUAUGUUUUAUAAUU